UUGGUAACAACAGUCUGGCUCUAUAAAUACCCGGCUGGAUGGAAAAGGGAAGUGAGGAAGUUUAGUCAUCUGUUCCGUCUCUCUGUCCGUCUGCAGGACACACAGCAACAUGCUGCUGCUCACCUCCGUCUGGCUCCUUUCAGCGGCGCUAUGUGUGUCAGCUGUUGCCACGGAGACGGUGGUGGGUGUGGCCGGGCAGGUGGUGAAGCUCCCAUGUCGGUUGGAGGAGGCAAGGCAGAGCGGAGUGGAGGUGUGCUGGGGCAGGGGGAAGCCAUCACUGUUUACCUGCCACAACACCUUGAUCAACGGCGCCGGGGGUCAGGUGACCUACCGACAGUCACACAGGUUCUCGGUGUCCCCCUCCAGCUCCGCUCUGUCCAUCUCUGGGUCUCAGCUCUCAGAUGCCGGUUUCUAUCACUGCAGAGUUCAGCUGCCCGGACCCUUCAACGACCAAACGUCCACCGUCCACCUCAUCAUCAUCCGCCCUCGAUCUGUGACCUCCGAACGUCCGGGCCGCGAAGAUGUGGAGACGUUCAACACACCCAACACCACAACGAGCUUCAACACAAAUCAAAGAGGAAGUGAUGUCACAGGGGGUGCAGGAACAGAGCCAAUGGUAGCUCAGGUUCAGUCUCCGGUCCAGGAGGAGCCGGUGAACUCUCUGCAGAACUUUAUUGGAAGCACUCUGAGACUGGCCUUCAUCGCCUUCAUCCCUGCUGUGCUGUUUGCUGCUGGUUACAGAGUUUGGAGAUCUAACCGGGAAGCAGAGACUGAAGGGAGGCUGGACCAAUCAGAGGAUGAGGAGAGCAGCUCCGCGUGAAGAUGAACGAUCAUCAGAUUACUGUGAUCCCCGACCUUUAAGCAGCUUCUCCAAUGUUCCUCUUUCAGGACUUAAAACGUCAGAGUGCCAUAAAACCAAAGUCUUCAUCUGUUGUUUUCUCUGUCAGAACUGAAGCAUGAAGCGUUCAUCUUAAGAACAGAAAGAUGUUAAAGAUUGCCUUUUUUUUUCUUACCCUCGUUGUGUUUAUUUUAUUGUAUACAAAUGAGAUUUUGGUUUUGAUCUUUGGUUUUGGUUUUGGUUCUUGAGGCCAGUUUUCUCCAGUAAGUGCUGAUGUAUUUCUAUCUUCGUUCUAAACUCUUACAGCAACUCGAGAAGUUCAGCCUUCUACAGAAGCUGCUGAUCAUGUUUUCUGUCUCUGUUAUUCAGUCUGUCAUGUAUUCAUCAAUCACUGUGUGGCCUGGCUGGGACAGACAACUGGUCAAGACCAUGCAGUUUCUUUCCCCAGUACUCAGCUCUUCUGCUAGGAAACAAAAGUUUUAUCCUGUAACAUCAAACUUUUUUUUUUUUGCUUAAAAAAUGAUGGAAAAUAGUACAUGUACAUAUCAUUCUUUUAUCCUUAUUUUAUUUCCUCUAAAGCUUAUACAUUUAAAUACUUUGUCUGCAUACUGCGUGUGCUUGAGACCAAAGUCUGUUUCCUCAUUUUAGCACUAAAUCUUGGCCAGUAAAGUUGUUCUGAGUCUAAAUAAAUGUGUCAAAUCA